AUGUUACCGAUUUUUUACGCCUUUUUACGGACAUACGCUCCAUAUAUUACCUUGCCAUUUGCUGGAAUUGUCGGCGUUAUCGGCUACAACUUGGAAAAUAUUUUAUCCGACAAAUAUACCCCUUAUAGCAAAUCAAUAGAAGAACAACGUAGAGAACGACUCUUGGAUGAGGAGAAGCUAAAAAAUGCCACAAACGUGGACAAGCUGAAGUACCAAGCAAAUGUUCUAGGGAAAAAUUUGAGCCCAUCCUUAUCCAGUUGAGGCUGUUUUUUAGACACUGUAUAUAAUAAAAUGGGUAAUUACUGA